AUGGACCGGCGGCGGCUCUGGACGUGGGCAGCUGCCGUCGUCGUGAUCGCUACUGCUGCGGCGGCGGCGGGCCAGGAGAAGAGGCUGCUGGUGGGCAUGACUCUCGUCCCGGGCGCCGCGUCGACGGGGGCAGUGUGCCUCGACGGGAGCCCGCCGGCGUACCACCUCCACCGCGGCUCCGGCUCGGGCGCCCGCGGCUGGCUGCUCCAGUUCGAGGGCGGCGGCUGGUGCAACGACGCGCCGUCGUGCGCCGCAAGAGCCGGCACGCGGCGAGGGUCGACCCGGCUCAUGAGCAAGCUCGAGGUCUUCUCCGGCGUUCUCAGCAACGAUCCGGCCAGGAACCCAGAUUUUUACAACUGGAAUCGCGUGAAGCUGCGGUACUGCGACGGCGGAUCCUUCGCGGGCGAUUCAGAGUUCAGAAAUGGCUCUUCAGUCAUCUACAUGAGAGGUCAAAGGAUAUGGGAUGCUAUCAUCUCCGAUCUCCUCACCAAAGGCCUCGCCAAAGCCGAAAAGGUGCUGCUCUCAGGCUGCUCAGCAGGAGGCCUAGCUACAUUCUUCCACUGCGACAACCUCGGGGAGCUUCUCGGGGGCGUCGCCACGGUGAAAUGCAUGAGCGACGCGGGGUUUUUCCUUGAUGUGGAUGACAUUUCCGGCAACAACAGCAUUAGACCUUUCUUUAGCAGCCUAGUUGUUCUGCAGGGAGCUGAGAAGAAUUUGAACAAAGACUGUCUAAAUUCAACACUCAAUCCUUAUCUGUGUUUUUUCCCGCAAUAUGCACUUCAAAACAUUAAAACCCCAUAUUUCAUCUUGAAUUCAGCGUACGAUGUAUAUCAGUUCCAUCACAUCUUUGUGCCUCCUUCGUCUGAUCCUACGGGUCACUGGAGUCGCUGUAAGGCGGACCCCAGCACAUGCAGCACAUCACAAAUUGCAACUCUACAAGGCCUAAGAAGUGCAAUGUUAACAGCUCUGAAACCGUUUGAAGGUGAGCCGGAGAUGGGCAUGUUCAUCAAUUCUUGCUUUGCACAUUGCCAGAGCGAGCUGCAGGACACAUGGUUUGCGCCGAAUUCCCCAACACUGGACAAUGAGGUACUAAUAAUUGAUGAGGUUAAGUUGUACGCUUGUGGCCUUUUAGUGAUGCAUGGUGUUUGCACGAAAAUCAUUUUGGAGUUUCAGACAAUUGCAGAGCUAGUCGGUGAUUGGUACUUUGAAAGGGGUGCCGCCCAAGAAAUCGACUGCGCCUAUCCCUGCGACUCAACUUGUCACAACAUUAUACCAUUGAAUCAGGUCAGUUAUUGGGAAAUGCAAAUGCACAUGCAAGGGCGGGUGUUUGAGUUUGGGGUCUUUCUAUGCAGGGUAUAUCUGUUCAUAUUUUCCCAUGAUAUUUUGCAGGUCGGCAACUAG